AUGUGCGUUUGUCCUACACUGGCUGCUACACAACUGCUGUCUUACUUUCUCUCUUUCUCUCUCUCUGUCUCUCUCCUCUUCACAGUAUGCCAAGGGACGGAUAACAAACUCAGUACGCUGUCAGACCUGGACCAGCAGUACCGCACACUUCGCAAGGUCUAUGAGAACUGUGAGGUGGUCAUGGGAAAUCUGGAGAUCACUAGCAUUGAGAGGAACAGUAACCUCUCCUUUCUGAAGUCUAUCCGGGAGGUGACGGGAUACGUGCUGGUUGCCCUGAACCAGUUUGACUACCUGCCUCUGGAGAACCUGCGCAUCAUCCGUGGCAACAAGCUGUACGAGGGUCGUUACGCUCUGGCCAUCUUCCUCAACUAUCGCAGAGACGGAUACUUCGGCCUAAGGCAACUGGGCCUCAAGAACCUCACAGAAAUCCUGAAUGGUGGUGUGUAUGUGGACCAGAACAAGUUUUUGUGUCAUGUUGACACCAUCCACUGGCAAGACAUCAUCAGAAACUCUCGUGCUGAGCUCCUUGUUGUUCCCUCUAAUAACAGUGGAAAUGGAUGCCGACGAUGUCAUAGAUCCUGUAAUGGCCGUUGCUGGGGUCACCAGGAGGACCAGUGCCAAAUAUUGACUAAGACAGUGUGUGCUGAGCAGUGUGAUGGUCGUUGUUUUGGUCCAUACGUCAGUAACUGCUGCCAUCGUGAGUGUGCUGGAGGCUGCUCUGGACCGAAGGACACAGACUGCUUUGCAUGUACGAACUUCAACGACAGUGGAGCCUGUGUGACACAGUGUCCUCAGCCGUUUGUGUACAACCCAACCACCUUUCAGCUGGAGCACAACCCUAAGGCCAAAUACACUUACGGAGCUUUCUGUGUCAAAAAGUGUCCACAUAACUUUGUGGUGGAUCACAGCUCCUGUGUAAGAGCCUGUCCCAGCAACAAAAUGGAGGUGGAAGAAAACCACACCAAGAUGUGUGUCCCCUGCACGGACAUUUGCCCAAAAGUUUGUGAUGGUAUAGGAACAGGAAGCCUACAGACGGCCCAGACGGUGGAUUCCAGUAACAUCGACAAGUUCAUUAACUGUACCAAGAUCAACGGCAACCUCAUCUUCCUCAUCACUGGCAUCAAAGGAGAUAUGUUCCAUGGCAUAAAGGCUCUGGACCCGGAGAAACUCAACGUGUUCAACACUGUUAAAGAGAUCACAGGUUUUCUGAACAUCCAGUCUUGGCCAGAGAACAUGACAGACCUGGGAGUUUUCUCUAACCUUGCUGUAAUUGGAGGAAGAUCCCUGUACAGUGGCAUCUCUCUGCUGAUCCUGAAACAGCGCUGGAUCUCCUCUCUGCAGUUCCAGUCUCUGAGGGAGAUCAGUGCUGGUAAUGUCUACAUCACCAACAACAGUCAGCUCUGCUUCUACAACACAGUCAACUGGACCAGCCUGUUCCGCACCAGCACCCAGAAGGCCCUGAUCCGCAACAACAGAGACCCCAAAGAGUGCACCCGGGAGCGGAUGGUGUGUGAUCGGCUGUGUUCAGAUGCAGGUUGCUGGGGACGUGGACCCGACCAGUGUCUGUCCUGUCGAUUUUUCAGCCGUGGACGGACCUGCGUGGAGUUCUGUAACCUCUAUGAUGGGGAUGUGAGGGAGUUUGCCAACGGCUCAGUGUGUCUGGAGUGUGACAGUCAGUGUGAGAAAUCAGAGGAUAAGAGUCUGACCUGCUAUGGCCCGGGUCCAGAUCAGUGCGUGAAAUGCCUGAAUCUCAAGGAUGGGCCCAACUGUGUGGAGAAGUGUCCAGAUGGUCUACAGGGAGCCAACAGCUUCAUCUUCAAAUACGCUGAAACCAACAAAGAAUGUCAUCCCUGCCACUCCAACUGUACACAGGGUUGUACUGGACCUAGAACAGAGGACUGCAUUGGAAUAAUAGACAGGACUCCUCUGAUUGCGGCAGGUUUGAUCGGAAUGCUGUUUGUGGUGGUCAUUGUGGCACUGGGCGUGGCCGUCUGCGUCCGACGCCAAAGCAUCAAGAAGAAGAGGGCUUUGCGUCGUUUCUUAGAGACAGAGCUGGUGGAACCCUUAACACCAAGUGGCACCGCCCCCAACCAGGCUCAACUUCGUAUAUUGAAGGAGAUGGAACUGAAGCGAGUGAAGAUCCUGGGUUCUGGGGCCUUUGGUACCGUCUACAAGGGAAUCUGGGUUCCUGAGGGAGAGACUGUAAAGAUCCCAGUGGCCAUAAAGAUCCUCAAUGAGACCACAGGACCUAAAGCCAAUGUGGAGUUUAUGGACGAGGCUCUGAUCAUGGCCAGUGUGGAUCACCCUCACCUGGUUCGUCUGCUGGGCGUCUGUCUGAGUCCAACCAUUCAGCUGGUCACCCAGCUCAUGCCCCACGGCUGCCUGCUCCACUACGUCCAUGAGCACAAGGACAACAUCGGCUCCCAGCUGCUGCUCAACUGGUGUGUCCAGAUCGCCAAGGGUAUGAUGUACCUGGAGGAGAGGAAGCUGGUUCACAGGGACCUGGCUGCCCGCAAUGUUCUCGUGAAGUCUUCUAAUCACAUCAAGAUCACGGACUUUGGACUGGCGCGUCUGCUGGACGGUGAUGUUAAAGAAUUAAAUGUAGAUGGAGACAAGAUGCCCAUCAAGUGGAUGGCUUUGGAGUGUAUGCUCUACAGGAAGUUUACCCACCAGAGUGAUGUGUGGAGCUACGGAGUGACUGUCUGGGAGCUGAUGACUUUUGGAGGGAAACCGUAUGAUGGUAUCCCUACAUGUGAGAUUCCAGAAAUCCUAGAGAAGGGAGAGAGACUGCCCCAGCCUCCCAUCUGCACCAUAGAUGUCUACAUGGUCAUGGUCAAGUGUUGGAUGAUUGAUGCUGACAGCAGGCCCAGGUUUAAGGAGCUGGCAGCCGAGUUCUGCAGGAUGGCCAGAGACCCUCAGAGAUACCUCGUCAUCCAGGGGGACGAUCUCAUGAAGCUGCCCAGCCCUAAUCACAGUAAACUCUUCCAGAGCCUACUAGACGAGGAGGAGCUGGGUGAUUUGAUGGAUGCUGACGAGUAUUUGGUGCCACAAGCUGUUAAUGUCAACUCCUCCCAGGAGUCCAGACUGCACAAGGAUUCCAAUCAGGUGGCAAUCACAGGGACUGCAGCCACUUCCCCAGCAAGAAAACAAGGCCCGACUGUGGAGUCUCUGGGGGCCCAGAGUCAUAAAGGGAAACUACAGAAACAGCCCAAAGUUAGUCACACCGAUGUUCCCAGUGACCCGCACUAUGGUCCAGAUCCUACUGACACCCCAGGAGCAUGUGUACCUCAACUGGAUAAGGAUGAAGAUGAUUAUAUGACAUGUAGGAAAGAGAAGAUCCCCUCAGGCAACCUCAAGCCAGUCGAAGACAAUCCAUUUGUGUCACACUGCAAAAAUGGGGAUGUUUAUGCACUAGACAACCUGGGAUACCAUUGCACUCCUGAUGGAAAACCCAAGGGCGAAGAUGAAUAUAUCAAUGAUCCUCUGUACCUCACUAAGUUUCAGAACACAGGGGACAUGAGUAAGGAUGGACAGAAGAAAAACAGUGUCUCUUUCUCACAGCAAGUGGCUACAACAAGCAACACCACCGCUGCUCUCACCACCCAAACAGGGAAACUGCAUUAUGCCAAAACAAAUCAUGUCCAUUUUGCCCUUCCACCAGCUCAGACUACUCAGUUAGGUCCAAUGGGUCACAACAGCCACCAUGGACAUUUGUCCUCAUCCAUCCAUGGUAACCAUACUGACAAGUCCAUACAUCAUACCUCAUCAGAGCGUCCAGCCCAAAUCAGCCAUGUUGACUAUCAAAUCCAUUCUGCUCCCUCAAGCCAAUCUGUUCACCCAGUCAAGCAAAGUCAAGUUGCUAAGUCCAUUGUCAUGGGUGAAGGUAGCAUCUUUGGUCUCUCAGGCUUUCCCAUUCGCCAAGGCAGCAUGCUCCAACCAGGUCAAACAGGGACUGUCAAGGUUGACAAACAGUCCAGAAGGACCCUUGACAAUCCGGAGUUCUGGCAAUACAGUCUUCCGAUUAAGUCCACUCAGCAAAACCCUGCGACCUUGCAAGGGUGUCAUGCCAACUUGCUGUACAAACAGAGCAUGCACAUUCGGUCAACCAGCACCAAAAACCCAGAGUACCUGUCAAAGUACUCCCUUCAGCCAGGUGCAGUAGUGCCUCCUCCACCCUACCAGCAACGCAAUACUGUUGUGUAG